GAUACCAUUAUUUGGAGUAACGAAUCCCAUUUUGAGGUGUUUAGAGAUGAUGGUAGCAGUUGUGUUUGAUGUUUAUCUAAUGAAAUAUGAUUCAAUUGUCUUGUAUCAACUUUUAAAUCAGGUAAAAGAGG